AUGGAUGACAUCAAUGGCCCGGCCUUGAAAGGUUCCGCGCAAAACUCUCUAAGGUCGGAUUCACCAGCUGCACAAGCUUAUGAACCACAAGCCUUUGGUCAGCCCUCGAUCGGGAGACCACCGAUGGGAUCGCGACAACGAUCGAGUAGCUCACGGCCGCAAUCGCGACCUCAUAGCGCCCUCAAUAAUAUCUACCCAAAGGAACACAACGGCUACGGAUAUCCAAACGGUGAUCAACCUUCUCGUCAGCCCUCUAUAGACCAGGAAUCUGUCGCGGAAUCAACAGACACCCUAGACUUAGGCCACCAAUCGAUCGGCCGACUACAUGCACCUUCGCGCAGUGAAAAUCGCCUCUCGAUCUCAAGCAACAACUUUGACCAACGGUCGCUCAGCAACUUGUCCAUCGACCAACAAUCGAUUGGAACUCAGUCUCUAGGCCACCACUCCAUAGGCGGGACGCCAGGUGGUUAUUACUCUUCACCAGCAUCGCCCACCGGGCUCCACUCAUCCGCUUCUAACAAAUCUCUCCGACGGAAUUUCAUUGCCAACGAACUGCCAGUCCUGCAACAGAAAAAUCCAAACGAAGGUAAUGAGCAAUUCCACCCAAUCAUCGAAGAAAAUGAAGAAGCGUCCUUCGACCUGGUCGCGCCGUACGAAGGCGAUGCUGCGCCUCUACACUCACUCGAGCGCCAGGCAGAUUUGAUGUUUAGCGCAGAGCACAUGCUGGCAAUCUUGAAUAACCCGCGAUAUCUGGCGCGAUUCCGCGAGUUCCUUGCCCAAGAGCGCCCAGGCUCGUUCUCGACACUGACAUAUUAUCUGAAUGCCUCGAAAGCGCUAAAGGCGAUCGAAUAUGCGAAUGCGCUGGUGCGAUUGGCCGUUGAUGUGCCGACUGCUGGAAUCGAGACUGCCGAGGCACCCGUUGGACCAACUGUCAAUAUGGCGUUGGAAAAACGUGUCCAAGCCGCGCUGGAUGCGUUAACCGCAGAGGAAUUGCCGGCAUAUAUAACCUCAACUUGUAUUAAUAUUACUGGCAAGGUUGUUGAGGAGCGCGUGCGUGGGACUCUACCCGAUAAGUUCCAGGGAACAGCCGAUGCGCUAGCUGAAGUGUUUUGUUUGACGGAUCCAUCACGACCUGAUAAUCCUAUCAUUUUUGCUUCUGGAGAAUUCCACCGCACAACACAAUACGGCAUGGACUACGUUCUCGGUCGCAAUUGUCGCUUCCUUCAGGGCCCAAAGACAAACCCUAACAGUGUACGACGGAUCCGCGAAGCUCUCAAAGCAGGCCGCCACCACUCCGAGCUCUUCCUCAACUAUCGCCGCGACGGCUCUCCAUUCAUGAACCUCCUGCAAAUGGCACCCUUAUGCGACAGCCGCGGGAACAUCCGCUACUUCAUCGGCGCGCAAAUCGACGUCUCCGGCCUCGCAAUGGAAGGCGCACAAAUGGAAUCUCUCCAAAACAUCCAAGUCCAAAAAGAAAAUCCCGAAACAGGCGGCGUAAUAACCAAAGAAUCGAAAUCCGAGUUCCAGGAACUAGGUGAAUUAUUCAGUCCGCGCGAAUUACAAAACGUCCGUGAACACGGCGGAAACCUCUUCCAGCCGAUUGUCAAUGAAGACCCGCAUCAUCGCCUAUUCCUCCAGGAUUCAGAUAGUUCAGAUACCGAGAGUGAACACCCUGCGGCAUCGAGUCGGACCGCGUCGGUACCAGAGCCUACUGCGGGUCUGUCUCUGACAGGUGUUUAUAGAAAUUACCUCCUCGUCCGCCCCUACCCAUCCCUCCGAAUUCUCUUUACAUCCCCAUCCCUCCAGAUCCCAGGAAUGCUACAAUCCUCCUUCUUGAAUCGCAUUGGCGACGCGGGCUCGAAGCGCGGUGGCAUCCUUAAUGCCAUGAUAGCUGGUCGCAGUGUCACUGCUCGUGUCAAGUGGGUCACGAAGGUUGGUAGUGACCAGGGACGGAAUCGGUGGAUCCAUUGUACGCCGUUGCUGGCGACUAAUGGGCAGAUUGGUGUUUGGAUGAUUCUUGUCAUUGAGGAUGAUGAGGUGGAUUCCAUUAAGUGGCAGGGGAAUUAUCCGGCCAACUAUUAG